AUGUCACCAGACAAAGAUUCCUUAGAUGUUGAUGUUCUCUCUCUCUCUCUCUAUCCCCCCCCCUCCCCCUCUCUCCCUCCCUCCCUCUCCCCCCCUCCCUCUCUCUCUCCCUCUCGCCCCCCCUCUCCAGGCGUGGGGUUUGACAGAGAUGCCAGUGUCCGCUGCUCCCUGGUCCACUCUCAGUCUCUCCUGCAGAGGAGGAGGAAACUGAGGAGGCGCAGAACCGUGACCGGCAUCCCCCGACAGGUUCACCACAGCUUCGACUCGGACGAGUCGCCGAGCUCCACCGACCGCACGCUGUUCCUCCACCCGAGCCCCGACGCCACCACCUGCAGCGAGGGCCUGUCCUGCCGCCUCAGCACCACCCGCGACUCGGGCUGUCAGACGGAGGACCUCCAGGCCUCCUACGCCUCCGCCCGGCGCCGGCUGCGGGCGCAGCGCGGCCCAGGCUCCGCCUACGCCCUCUCCGUCUCCGCGGGCAACGUCUCCGCCCUGCCCGAGCGCCACCGCCGCGACCUCCACGACCUCCACAUGUUCGCCGCCCCGGCCGACGCCCGGCUGCGCUCCCGCAGUCUGCCCCGGGACGCCUCGCGGCUCACCCCCCGCGACGAAGACGAGGAGGACGAGGAGGACGAGGAGGAGCUGACGCCCUUCGACGCCGAGGACUUCCUGUCGGGCGACGGCGGGGAGCUGGCGCUGAAGGACGAGGAGGAGGAGGAGGAGGAGGAGGAGGAGGGGGGGAGCGCUGACGAGGAGCGGCCAGCCCCCGGGCGCCAGCGGGGGGGUCUGGGGUACCAGCAGCACGCCGGCAGCCCGCAGCACGGCUGGCUGGACCGCGCCCGCUCCGGCGCCGCCCACAUGGGGAGCGGCGAGAUGUCGUCCAGCUCCGACACCUUCAGCAGCCCGCUGCACUCGGGCUCCGCCGCGCUGGGGGGGGCCAUGGACCCCAAGGACGACCCCCACAUGGACCACCAGUCCUCCAGCGGCAACUGGAGCGGCAGCAGCUCCACAUGCCCCUCCCACACCUCCGAGAACCUCCCCCCGGCCGCCUCGCCGCAGCUCACAGGCUCCUCCCACUGCAACUCGGAGCUGUCGCUGAACGCCGCCGGCCACGCCCCCGACGAGGCGCUGGACCUCUACCCCCCGGGGCUCCGCCCCCACCGCACCGGCUCCUUCUCCUCCGCCGCCAUGGACAUCCUGGAGGACGCCGCCGGCGAGGGCGACUGGGGGUACCCCCCCGGGGGGGAGCGGGGCUACACCCCCGAGCCGCUGCCCCCCCGGGACUUCAGCCCGGAGCGGCGGGAGGCGGAGGGCAGCCUGGGCUGCCCCAGCUUCACCAGCAUGGCCACCUGCGAGAGCAGCUUCAGCGACAAGCCGCCGUCGGAGAAGGCGGACGCCGUGUCGCACUACUCGGUGGACACCGAGGGGUACUACACCUCCAUGCACUUCGACUGCGGCCUGAAGGAGAGCCGCAGCUUCCCCUACGGCUACGCCUCCGCCUCCGCCUCCGAGUGCGGCACGCCGGACCUGGGCGGCCGCGCGGCCCGUGACCGCCGCUGCCUCUCGCUCAGGAAGGCCCGGGCCAAGCCCUCGCCGCCCCAGAGGAGCUCCUCCCUGCGGCAGAUCUGCAGCGAGGAGAACGUCUCGGAGCCCAGGGAGCCCAGGGUCUCGUGCGGCCAGCAGCGGCCGGCGUCGUCCAAGGAGAUGAGGCUGGACCUGGACCUGGGGGGCCCCGGGACCCCCUCCCUGGUGGUGGAGCCCCCCGAGGAGGACGGCGAAGGGCUGCAGGAUGCCGGGUCCUACUCCUCCGGCGAGACGCAGUCCUUCAAGGACGACGGCGCCGUUCAGACGGACUACGCCGACCUCUGGCUGCUCAACGACCUCAAGACCACCGACACGUACCGCUCGCUGUCCAACUCCAGCACCGCCACCGGCACAACCGUCAUCGAGUGCGUCAAGUCCCCGGAGAGCUCGGGCUCCCUGGGCUCCCAGGGCUCCCAGGGAUCCCAGGGCUCCCAGGGCGACUCCAGAGCCACCACGCCCUCCCUGCCCUCGGGGGAGUUCUCGGAGGCCAAGCUGCCGUCCCCGGACCCCCUGGCCGGGCUGGCCUCCCCCUCCAGCGGCUACUCCAGCCAGGCGGAGACCCCCACCUCCGCCCUCCCCUCGGCCUUCUUCCCCAGCCCGCUGUCGCCGCCCAGCGCCAAGAGGAAGCCCAAGGUCCCGGAGAGGAAGUCCUCGCUCUCCUCGCUCCAGUUCCGGUCCUCCAGGGACGGGGGCUCCUCCCCUCAGACCCCCCUGGAGCUGCCCAUCAUCGCCCCCUCCAACCUGGACCUCAGCGGCCUCCAGCCCAGCCCGGGGCCCUCGGCGCUGGCCCUCAGGAGCCAGAUGCAGCUCCUGAAGCAGAGCCACAAGCCGCGGGCGCCGGGCCGCUCCGAGCGGUCCUGUAAGUCGGAGGUGCCCCCCAUGCGCCUGAUGUCCAUCACGCCCACCGUGCUGCACUCCAUCCAGUUGCGCUCCUUCAGCCGGGAGCCCGAGGGGCCCCGCGCCGAGAAGACCCUGAACCACCGCGCGCCCCGGGACCCCCCGCUGAGCCUCUUCAGCCCCCCGACCGGCAGCAAGCCCUCCGAGGUCAGAGGUCACCCCAUCUACGCCUCCUUCGUCCCGAGCUCCUUCGGGGAGUCGUACAAACCGCCGCCGCUCCCCUCGAAGGAGCCCGCCCCCGGGGAGAGGGCGUGGCCCAGUGAUGUCAUCGACAGACACGCCCUGGUGGACGCCGCCCGCGACGGGGAGGCAGGCCGCUGCCCCGGGACGGCGGGUCCCCCCGAGGGACAGGCGCCCCGAGGGCCCGCUCCGGACCCCCUCUGUCCAGCGGAGGAGACGCCCCCCCCGCCAGAGACCCAGCUGAAGGAGGAGGAGGAGGAGGAAGAGGAGGAGCCUCCCUACCUGGGCAUGACCAGCCCGCCGCGGGCCCAGCGCCAGGAGCCCACCGCGGAGAGCUGUCCGUCAGAGAGCUGUCAAUCAGAGAGCUGUCCGUCAGAGACCAGUCCGUCAGAGAGCUGUCCGUCAGAGACCAGUCCGUCAGAGAGCUGUCCGUCAGACAGCUCGCCGCCCGGCCCGGGAGCAGAGGCGGGGCUACAGGACGAGUCGAUGGGUUCGUCUUGGAGCUCCUCCCCCGACGCAGACGACAGCUCCAGUAAAGGGUCCUCGUCCAGCGGGAACGUGACAUCAUCACCGAGCGAGGACAGCGUGACGUCGCCCGUUAUGUCGUCGGCGAGCGACGAGGCGCGGUCGGGGGACGACAGCGUGUUCCAGUCGCCCUCCAGAACCCGGACCACCGAGGACCUGUUUGCCAUGAUACACAGGUCCAAGAGGAAGGUGUUGGGCCGCAGGGACUCCGCUGAGCUGGGGGCCCGGGGCCGGCUGGGGGCCGCCUCCGGGGCCACGUCGCCCGCAGCCCGCACCGCCCCCGCCCCCGCGGCGACGCCCCCCGGCACCCCGACGCCGCCCCCCGCCCUGCCCCCGCCGCCCUCCCCCGCCCCCCCCCUGCAGAAGGCCCCCAGCCCCAUCUACCGCAGCGUGAAGAAGUCGUCCACCUCCAACGAGGAGUUCAAGCUGCUGCUGCUGCGCAAGGGCAGCCGCGCCGACUCCAGCUACCGCAUGUCCGCCUCCGAGAUCCUCCGCAGCCCGGCCGGGCCCCGGGCCCCCGGGGACCCGCUGGGGGACUCCCCCCUCUCCCCCUUCGAGCAGCAGCUCCAGGGGGUGCUGUUCCCCGAGGCGCCGCUCAGCCCGCUGCCCCGAGCCAACGCCGAGGGCUUCUCCCCCAAGGCCUCGCCCUCGGGGCCCCCGGGGGCCCGGGGGGGGGCGCGGCCCCGGGUCCCGCCGCCCGCCACCAGCAGCCGCUACGCCGCCCGCUGCCGCUACUUCGCGGCGCCCAUGCAGGCCAUCUCGGAGGGCGAGGGCGAGGGCUCGGACGGGAGCCCCCCCGACGACCGGCCCUCCUCGGGGGGCAGCUAG